AUGCGCGCAAGCAGAGGUAGAAGUCUGCCGCUCCGCUCCUCCUCCCGUCCGCUCACAGCUGCGGUUGCCACUCAUGCCUUAGGUGCCACAUCAACUUCGCACACCAGUCCCGCGGCAGCAGCGGUGCCUGCGCACACUCAGCGACAGCAGGCGGGCAAGCAAGCAGGGGAGGGACCGGGAAGAGGUGGCAGAGAGCUCUCGCACCCAUCCACCACCACCGUGCCACUGCUAUCACCUGCAGCAUGGUCAGCUACUGCUCCCGCAGGCCGAUGA